AUGGCGCUGGUGUCAGUGCCCGGGGACGAGCGGCAGCACCGGGGCGGGCUCUCGGAGCUGGGGGCCGGCGAGAUCAAAGCGCAUUCAGCUGAAAGAACUAUAUGCACUGACGCAACCUCAGGAAAACCCACAAUGGCUGCCAAGCGCAAAGGCGGCCUGAAGCUAAAUGCAAUCUGUGCCAAGCUGAGCCGCCAGGUCGUCUUCGACCACGGGGGAGCCGAGCAGGCGCGUGCGGACAAGGGGCCGCAGCGGGAGAGCAGCAACAAGGACCUGCCUCAGCCCGGGACCAAGGAGCCGGGGACUGAGUUUUCGGACGGACUCAGCCGCGUGCAGAAGAUUGAGGAGGACAAGAGGAGGGAGGUGAUCGAGAAGUGGGUGAACGGGGAGUACAACGAGGAGCCCUUGCUGGGGCGGGCCGAGGGCAAGGAGUGUAAGGGCGCCGAGAGCGCGGAGGUGCCCCCCGAAGGGGUUUACAUGGUGCAGCCCAAGGGCUGCAGCGAUGAGGAAGACAACGGGGACGACGCGGACGCGCUGAGGGGCUCUCAGGAUGGCGCCUUCCUGGACGACAGGGACUCCGACGGGACGGCCUCCAAGGAUGAUGCCUACCGGGCCUCCAGCGGCGAGGUGGCCUCCAAGCUGGGUGCAGGAACGGCCUCAGGGGAAGCUUCAUCGCUGCGAGACUAUGCCGCCACCACCAUGAAUGAGUUCCUGGGCAUGUUCGGCUACGAUGAUCAGAACAUGCGGGACGAGCUGGCCCGCAAGAUCAGCUUCGACAAGCUGAACGCUGCUACCUCAGAGGCCACCGCCACCGCGGCCUCUCUCUCUGGCGAGGACGCCAUGAGCAAACGAGCCCGCUUCUCCAAGUACGAGGAGUACAUCCGCAAGCUCAAGGCUGGAGAGCAGCUCUCUUGGCCCAUGCACUUGGCCAAAUCUGAGGAGCUGGGCUCCAAGCUGGGCAAGGAAGGUUCCUCAGUGCUGUCGCAGCCCAUCCGGGUGCCAGGUCCAGAUGCCUCCCUGCUGACGGAGACCAAAGCCACCAUCCUGCCGCUGCCCUCUCCAAGCAGUUCCCAGAUGCAGGGCCUGAUGUCGCGGGCCUCCAAAUACGACUUCUUCAUUCAGAAGCUGAAGACGGGUGAGAGCAUCAGGCCACAGAACGGCAACACGUACAAGAAGGCCUCCAAGUACGACCUAGAAAACGUCAAGUACUUGCACCUCUUCAAGCCUGGAGAAGGAAGCCCAGAUAUGGGAGGAGCCAUCGCCUUCAAGACAGGCAAGGUGGGCCGCCCUUCCAAGUAUGACGUGAGGAACAUUCAGAAGCUUACUCCAGUAAAAGCUCCGACACCCAGCCUGGCCCCUGCUCCCCUCGCCAGCACCCCCAGCAGCACGCCCGUGGCCGGCCCAGAGCAGUCCGUCUCAUUGCCAUUCAACACUCCCGAGUACCUGAAGUCAACUUUCUCCAAGACAGACUCCAUCACAACUGGAACAGUCUCUACAGUAAAGAACGGAUUACCCACUGACAAACCAGCCGUCAGCGAAGAUGUAAAUAUUUACCAGAAGUAUAUUGCCAGGUUCUCUGGCAGCCAGCACUGUGGACACAUACACUGUGCAUACCAGUACCGAGAACAUUACCACUGCCUUGACCCAGAGUGCAACUACCAGAGAUUCACUAGUAAACAGGAUGUGAUUCGGCAUUACAACAUGCACAAGAAACGUGAUAAUUCCCUCCAGCACGGCUUCAUGCGCUUCAGCCCCUUGGAUGACUGCAGCGUGUACUACCAUGGCUGCCACCUGAACGGGAAAAGCACACACUACCACUGCAUGCAGGUGGGUUGUAACAAGGUCUACACAAGCACCUCGGACGUGAUGACCCAUGAGAACUUUCACAAGAAAAACACACAGCUCAUCAAUGACGGGUUUCAGCGGUUCCGUGCCACGGAGGACUGUGGCACUGUGGAAUGCCAGUUCUACGGGCAGAAAACCACUCAUUUUCACUGCAGGCGACCUGGGUGUACCUUCACCUUCAAGAACAAGUGUGACAUUGAGAAGCACAAGAGCUACCACAUCAAAGAUGAUGCCUAUGCCAAGGAUGGCUUCAAGAAGUUCUACAAGUAUGAGGAAUGCAAGUAUGAGGGCUGUGUCUACAGCAAGGCCACCAACCACUUCCACUGCAUAAGGGCAGGCUGUGGCUUCACCUUCACCUCCACCAGCCAGAUGACCUCCCAUAAACGCAAGCACGAGCGCCGGCACAUCCGGAGCUCGGGGGUGCUGGGCCUGCCUGCCUCUCUCCUGGGAUCCAAGGAUAAUGAGCAAGAGGAGUCCAGUAACGAUGACCUUAUUGACUUCUCUGCUAUGAGCUCCAAGAACUCCAGCCUGAGUGCCUCCCCCACCAGUCAACAGUCUUCCGUUUCUCUGAUAGUCCCAGCUGCGCCCUCCUCUGCUGCCGAGCUUGCUUCCUCGCAGGCCAGCAAGCCUGCCAACAGCAUGACACCAGCCACCAAGAUCUCUGGCCUGCUCUCCCAGGCUCUUCCCAGCAAUAUUCCCUUGGCCCUGGCACUCUCCAACUCAGCACUUCCUGGAACAGCUGGAUCCUUCUUCCCCAAUCCCAGCCGGGUCUCCACGCCGCUUCCUGCCAGUUCAGCUAAUCUGAUGGCUGCUGGUUCGUCCGGCGCCAAUCCAACAUCAUCUGCUCCUACAGAUUCCUCAUCCCAGGCCAUCUCAGGAUCUGGUGAGCCUUCGGCUACUUCUUCUCCGGCUCCAGCGGCAUCCAUAAUGGAAAGGAUCUCUGCUAGCAAGGGAUUAAUCUCUCCUAUGAUGGCCAGGCUGGCAGCAGCUGCACUUAAGCCCUCUGUGGCACUCGAAGCAGGGAAUGGACAGCCAGCAGCUCCCGGACGGUUCAAUCCAGUGCAGGUGAAGCAGGAGCCGGUGGAGGCCAUGGGAUCAUCCUCUGGCACCGGUCAGGAGUCCCUGCAGGAGCACAGCUUGGACCUGAGUGUCAAGGAUCACGGUAAUGAAUCAAAUGGCCACACAGUCUCGGCAAAUUCAUCUCUUUUAUCCUCGCUUAUGAAUAAGAUGUCCAAGACCAGUGCCAGCCUUGGCAACCUGCUGAACAUUAAGGCAGAAGGCGAUGGCAGCCAGGCUGGGGCUGGGGAGCCAACACAGUACUUGGGCAAGGCAGUGAAGGCACUUGUCCAGGAGAAGCUCUCUGAGCCAUGGAAGAUGUACCUGCGCCGGUUUGGUACCAAGGACUUCUGCGACGCGCAGUGCGACUUUCUGCAUAAGGUGCAUUUCCACUGUGUCGUGGAAGAAUGUGGUGCCCUCUUCAGCACCCUGGAUGGAGCCAUCAAGCAUGCCAAUUUUCACUUCCGAACUGAGGGCGGAGCUGUGAAGAGUAACUCGGAGUCUCCCUUCUCAACUACUACUGAGAGUAAGGCUUCACUGGCCCCUUCAUCACCAUCUGCUACAUCUGCCACCAUGGCGAGCGCUCCUGCCCUCGACGUGCCCACCCCGAGCCCGGCGACUGUGCCCUCUGCCCCCACGCUGCUAGCUUGGAAGCAGCUGGCUUCGACCAUACCCCAGAUGCCUCAGAUCCCAGCAUCAGUGCCUAACCUGGCAACUUCACCCUUGGCAACAACUUCCCUGGAGAACGCCAAGCCUCAGGUCAAACCCGGAUUUCUCCAAUUCCAGGAGAAUGAUCCCUGCCUGGCAACGGACUGCAAGUAUGCCAACAAAUUCCACUUCCACUGUCUCUUUGGGAACUGCAAGUAUGUGUGCAAAACCUCUGGCAAAGCAGAAUCCCACUGCCUGGACCACAUCAACCCCAACAAUAACUUGGUGAAUGUGCGAGACCAGUUUGCUUACUAUUCGCUGCAGUGUCUCUGUCCAAACCAGCACUGUGAAUUCAGGAUGCGAGGGCAUUACCACUGUCUUCGUCCUGGCUGCUACUUUGUGACUAACAUCACCACCAAGCUGCCCUGGCAUGUGAAAAAACAUGAGAAGGCAGAAAGAAGGGCAGCCAAUGGCUUCAAGUAUUUUACCAAGCGAGAAGAGUGUGGCAGACUGGGUUGCAAAUACAACCAGGUGAACAGCCACUUCCACUGUAUUCGAGAGGGCUGCCAGUUCUCCUUCCUGCUCAAGCACCAAAUGACAUCCCAUGCCAGAAAGCACAUGAGACGGAUGCUGGGGAAGAAUUUUGAUCGUGUUCCUACUCAGGUUAUUGGCCACACUCCAAGAAAUGAAAAUCUCCCCCAGGUUGGCAGCAUGGCACCCAGCCCAGCCUCAUCAGGAACCCCAGCUUCCUUUCAGGGACCCCCGAGCAUGAUGGACACUGAAACAGAUGAGUACAUGGAUUACACUGGCUGUAGCCCAGGGGGGAUCUCCUCUGAAUCUUCCAAUAUGGACCGCAGCUGCUCCAGCACUCCAGUGGGCAAUGAGAGUACAUCAGCAGGCUGCCUGGUUCCUUCUACUGCUACUGCUGCUGCCGAUGAUGCUACCCACAAUGUACCACAACCUCAGCCACCACCUCUGCCUCCAUCUUUCUCACAAGCCCUGCUUAGGUCUCCCCUUCCCACCCUCCCCUAUCUUUUUUCUCCAUCUUGUCUCUCAUACUCUCUGCUCAGUGCCACUCUUGGAUCCAGCAGAGGCAUUGUCAUGCCUGCCGCCAGCACCACUGGGUUUUCGCCCAUCAUUGCCACUCCAACUCCAGUAAAAAGUGACGUUCCCUUAGUUCAGGAUGCAGCAGGGAAUACCAUCACUAUGCCAACUGCCUCGGGGGCCAAAAAGCGUUUUUGGAUUAUUGAGGACAUGUCCCCGUUUGGCAAACGCCGUAAGACUGCAUCUUCACGCAAAAUGCUGGAUGAAGGGAUGAUGCUGGAGGGAUUCCGGCGCUAUGACCUCUACGAGGACUGCAAGGACUCCAGCUGCCAAUUCUCUCUCAAGGUUACUCACUACCACUGCACACGGGAGAAUUGUGGCUACAAGUUCUGUGGCCGUACCCACAUGUACAAGCACGCCCAGCACCACGAUCGCGUUGACAACCUGGUAUUGGAUGACUUCAAGCGCUUCAAGUCUUCACUGAGUUGCAACUUCCCAGACUGUCAGUUCUCUGGCAAUAGCACACACUUCCACUGUCUGCGCUGUGGCUUCCGCUGCACUGACAGCACCAAGGUGACAGCCCACCGCAAGCACCACGGCAAGCAGGACGUCAUCAGCGCUGCUGGCUUCUGCCAGUUCAGCUCAAGCGUGGACUGCGAGGUGCCUGAUUGCAAGUACAAACUCAAGUGCUCCCACUUCCACUGCACCUACCCUGGCUGCAAACACACGGUGGUGGGCAUGUCCCAGAUGGACUCGCACAAGCGCAAACACGAGAAGCAGGAGCGAGGGGAGCUGCCUGCCAUCUCGCCCGGCCCCGAGGGCCUUGCCCACUCCACUCUCGAGUAUGACAUCCAGAACUCUUCCAUCAACCUGGACAGUUCCCUCAACCUCAGCACUGACAACAACAGCUCCCUCUUCUUCCUGCAGAACGCAGCAGGCGUGGGCCUCAAUGAUUCCCUGGACCUCAGCAAGAAGCAGUCGGAAGCCACUGAGGGUCCGUCACCGAGCAGAGCCGGGACCACCCCUCAGGAGAGGGGGGCAGCGGCAUCUGGCUCCGGCGAUGUGGAGGACGAGGAUGACUCUUCCCAAGAGGAUGAAGAGGAUGAUGAGGAGGAGAUGAACGAAGAAGAGGAGGAUGAUGAAGAGGAGGAUGAUGAUGACGAUGAUGAGGAGGAUGAUGAAGAGGAAGAUCUGAACACAGAUUCUGAAGAAUCGCUGCCCGACCCUGAGGGCCUGGCCACUAAAGAUGAUGGGGAACCAGAGGAGGCUGCUUCUUCCACAGACCACGGCGAUGCUUCCAGGCCACAGGGCGAGCCAGCCCCAGCCCUUACUCCAGCCUCAACUCCUGCUCCGGCUCCAGCUGCUGCCCCAGCCUCUACCAUUGCUCCAGCAGCUUCUCCUUAA